GCCCCCAGCCAGGCCCAUGGACAUGAGGUGGCCCCCGGCCACGGCGCUGCUCCCGCUGCUGCUGCUGUUUGGGACUCAGGAGGCCAAGGCAUCCAGAGCCUGUGGGCGCCCCAGGAUGCUGAACAGGAUGGUGGGUGGCCAGGAUGCCCUGGAGGGCGAGUGGCCCUGGCAGGUCAGCGUCCAGCGCAACGGGAGCCACCUCUGCGGCGGCAGCCUCGUCUCGGAGCAGUGGGUCCUGACGGCCGCGCACUGCUUCCCCGACACCUCGGACACAUCCCUCUACUGGGUGCUGCUGGGUGCACGGCAGCUAGUGCAGCCGGGACCCCACGCCCAGUACGCCCGGGUGCGGCGGGUGGAGAGCAACCCCCUGUACCAGGGCAUGGCCUCCAGCGCCGACCUGGCCCUCGUGGAGCUGGCGGAGCCCGUGACCUUCACCAACUACAUCCUCCCCGUGUGUGUGCCCGACUCCUCGGUGGUCUUUGAGACGAGGACGAACUGCUGGGUCACCGGCUGGGGCAGCCCCAGUGAGCAAGACCGCCUGCCCAACCCCCGGAUCCUGCAGAAGCUGGCGGUACCCAUCAUCGACACCCCCAAGUGCAACCUGCUGUACAGCAAGGACGCCGAGGCUGGCUUCCAGCCCAAGACCAUCGAGGACGACAUGCUCUGUGCCGGCUUUGCCGAGGGGAAGAAGGACGCCUGCAAGGGCGACUCAGGAGGCCCCCUGGUGUGCCUCGUGGGCCAAUCGUGGCUGCAGGCCGGGGUAAUCAGCUGGGGCGAGGGCUGCGCCCGCCGGAACCGCCCAGGUGUCUACGUGCGGGUCACUUCCCACCACGCCUGGAUCCGUCGGGUCAUUCCGGAUCUGCAGUUCCAGCCGGCAAGGUCGGGUGGCCAGAAGGGAGACCGCCGGGGCCAGCAGCCUGUGGGCCGGAACGUCGCGCCCUGCCUGGCGGCCCACACAGUCCUGCUGGGCCUCAUGGCACUGCUGGCCGCCCUCUGA